UCAUAAUCUCAAAAUGUUGGGUUAAUAGGAUUAAACACUGAGUCAUCAAAUUGACAGGACAGAGCUAAAUCCCUGACACAGAUGAAAGUUAAAGCAGAGAAAAACAAAGGUCCUUCCAGGAACUGGUGGCAACUUCACUGGGGAGAUAUUGCAAAUAACAGCGGGAUCAUGAAGCCGCCAUUCUUGGUGUUUACCAUGUAUCUGCUGUGGUUGAAAGAUUGUCACUGUGCACCUACUUGGAAGGACAAAGCUGCGAUCAGUGAAAACCUGAAGAGUUUUUCUGAAGUGGGGGAGAUAGAGGCAGAUGAAGAGGUGAAGAAGGCUUUGAUUGGUAUUAAGCAGAUGAAAAUCAUGAUGGAAAGAAAAGAGAAGGAACACAGAAAUCUAAUGAGCACCCUAAAGAAAUGCAGAGAAGAAAAGCAGGAGGCCCUGAAACUUCUGAAUGAAGUUCAAGAACACCUAGAGGAAGAAGAAAAGCUAUGCCAGGUGUCUUUGGCCGAUUCCUGGGAUGAAUGCAAGUCUUGCCUGGAAAAUAACUGCAUGAGAAUUCAUACAACCUGUCAACCUAGUUGGUCCUCUGUGAAAAAUAAGAUUGAACGGUUUUUCAGGAAGAUAUAUCAAUUUCUAUUUCCUUUUCAAGAAGAUAAUGAAAAAGAUCUUCCCAUCAGUGAAAAGCUCAUUGAGGAAGAUGCACAACUGAUGCAAAUGGAGGAUGUGUUCAGCCAGUUGACUGUGAAUGUGAAUUCUCUCUUUAAUAGGAGUUUUAACGUCUUCAAACAGAUGCAGCAAGAAUUUGACCAGACUUUUCAAUCACAUUUCAUAUCAGAUACAGAGCUAACUGAGCCUUACUUUUUUCCGGCUUUACCUAAAGAGACAAUGACAAAAGCAGAUCUUGAGCAACCUUGGGACAUUCACAACUUCUUCCAGCUGUUUUGUAAUUUCAGUCUUUCUGUUUAUGAAAGUGUCAGUGAAACAAUUACUGAGACACUGAAGGCAAUAGAUUUACCAAAACAAGACAAAGCCCCUGACAACGGAGGCCUGAUUUCAAAGAUGGUACCUGGGCAGGACAGAGGACUGUGUGGGGAACUUGGCCAGAAUUUGUCCGGAUGUUUCAAAUUUCAUGAAAAAUGCCAAAAAUGUCAGGCUCACCUGUCUGAAGACUGUCCUCACAUACCUGAUCUGCACACGGAAUUAGACGAGGCCAUCAGGCUGGUCAACAUAUCCAAUCAGCAGUAUGGCCAGAUUCUCCAGGUGACCCGGAAGCACUUGGAGGACACUGCCUAUCUGGUGGAGAAGAUGAGAGGGCAAUUUGGCUGGGUAUCCGAACUGGCAGACCAGACUCCAGAAACGGAGAUCAUCUUUAAUUCAAUACAGGUAAAGGCAGUUCCAAGAUUUCAUGAAGGAAGUAUUUCCAAACAAGAUGAAACAAUGAUGACAGACGUAAGCAUUCUUCCUUCCUCUAAUUUCACACUCAAGAUCCCUCUUGAAGAAAGUGCUGAGAGUUCUACCUUCAUUGGCUACGUAGUGGCAAAAGCUCUACAGCAUUUUAAGGAACAUCUUAAAACUUGAUUCGCUCUGUUGUCCAUGCUGGAAUGCAGUGGCGUGAUCUUGGUUCACUGCAACCUCCACCUCCCAGGUUCAAGCGAUUCUCAUGCCUCAACCUCCAAAGUAUCUGGGACUACUGGCAUGUGCCACCACACUUGGCUAAUUUUUGUAUUUUUUAAUAGAGAUGUGGUUUUGCCAUGUUGGCCAGGCUGGUCUCAAACUCCUGGCCUCAAGUGAUCCUUUUGCCUUGGCCCCCAAGUGCUGGGAUUACAGGCGUGAGCCACUGUGCCCAGCCUGACAUUUCAAUUUUUACAAUCUUCAGUAAUCAAUGAAAAUUUUUAUCUUAUUGUUAUAAUUUUUAUGGUUUUCUAUGCAUGAGAAUAAACAUUUUCCAAGUUUGUUUA